AGAAUAAUAUUGUUUAGGACAUGGAGCAAGUCUGCCUUUUCUCAGAUAACUUUGGGUAUCAAGCUUUCUCAUUUCAGGAAGUCCUCGAUUGGCGGUUCCUCAUCUGUGGAGAUUUCCUUGUUGUUUCCUUUGUCAAUUGCACAUAGUUAACAUCUGCUCUUGAGUGAUCAGUACAGGAGGUCCCAUAUGCCAUUUCCACAUAAGCUAAGUGUUGGAUGUUUAAUGCAGUUCCACUAGUAAGCAGCACACCUUAUGAUGUCAAUUGUGACUGUACUGUUAACUACCUCGUGCAAG